UGCUGUGCUGCUGGCCUGCUGCUGCUGCUUAGUGUUUCCAUGCCAUCCUGACUUCUCUCGUUCUUCCCCAUCUGUUCCUGCUGGCCAGUCUUGACCGACCCUCACUUCCACACUCGUUUUGCACCCACCCCCCAUAUUCCGUCAUGCGCCUAUUUCGAGAUUUUCUCCAUGGGGGGUUGUUCCUUAACACCAUUCUCUUUUCCCAGCUCUCCCGCGCCAUCGACCUCGACAUUAGCAGUACCAGUUCCCUCAAAGAUGCCGCCAGUCAGUCAGCCUACGGGUCCAUGACCUGGUAUCAUGGAAACGAAACCGGCCAAAUUCCCGGCGCCUUCCCCACUAAGUGGUGGGAGGGUAGUGCCCUGUUCAUGAGUUUGCUCCUCUACUGGUAUUACACCGGAGACAGUACCUACAAUGCCGAGGUCAGGCAAGGCAUGCAAUGGCAGGCCGGUGAUUGCGAUUACAUGCCCAACAACUACAGUAGUUACUUGGGUAACGAUGAUCAAAUGUUCUGGGGUCUUGCUGCCAUGACCGCCGCCGAGAUCGAAUUCGCCGAUAGCUCCUCCGGAUAUUCCUGGCUCGCCUUGGCCCAGGGCGUCUACAACACCCAAAUCGAUCGAUGGGACACCAAGACUUGUGGCGGUGGUCUGCGCUGGCAGAUCUGGCCCUACGAAGCCGGUUAUGAUAUGAAGAACUCCAUCUCCAACGGAGGCCUGUUCCAGCUCGCAGCCCGCCUGGCCCGGUACACAUCUAACGACACCUACGCCGACUGGGCGGAGACAAUCUUUGAUUGGGCUGCCUCGACUCCAUUGCUGAACAACCAGACAUGGAAUGUUGCCGACUCGACCGACGUCGAUAAUGGUUGCACGACUCAGGGUAACAACCAGUGGUCUUACAACUACGGCACGUUCUUGAUGGGGGCCGCAUACAUGUACAACUAUACUGGAAAGGCGAAAUGGAAGACCGCGGUGGACGGCCUCCUGAACGUGACACUCGACACAUUCUUCCCGGCGUCAUACGGUGGAAACAUCAUGUCGGAGGUUCUCUGCGAACCGGCCGAGGUGUGUAACGACAAUGAAAUUCUCUUCAAGGGUCUCGUCACCGGGUGGCUUGGAUUUGUGGCUCUGGUUGUUCCGUCGACGUACGAUACCAUUCUGCCGAAGCUGCAGGGGUCUGCAGUAGCCGCCGCAGCCUCCUGCACCGGAAUGAACAACAACACUUGUGGUGUGCGCUGGUACCCGAAAAAGUGGGAUGGAUGGAAUGGAAUGGAGGAGGAAAUCGCCGUCACCAAUGUCCUGUCCUCCGCUUUAGUCAACACCAAGAAGACCGCCCCCGUGACCUCGAGUACGGGAGGAAACAGUACCAGUGACCCGAACGCCGGCACGGGCGAUAAUACCGGGUCCGACUCAGACAGCCUAUCCGCGAUCACUACGGGAGACAAGGCGGGCGCCUCCAUCCUGACCAUUGCGUUCGUGGGCAUGUGGGGAGGCAUGAUCGCCUGGAUGGUCAUUGGGGGCUAAGUCAGUGGUCCGAGGGUUGUGUCGGAAAUGAUUCGGUUUAAUGGCUUGCGACUCCUGCAGGAUUGGGUUCUGG